AUGGUAGAUGCACGGGCGAGUGAGGAUGAGGAUACGUCUCCGUUCUUAGUUCGUCUAUUUCACCGAACUGGCAGCUUUUACAGACCAGAGGAGUUUGCAUCAGCAUCUCUACCGCCACAUGUUUCCAUCUACACCUGGUCAACAUGUACACUCUAUGAGCUAGCCCUAGAGCUAGCAGCGGCGAAACCAAGCGCAUUGCCUUCUCCUGCUAUUGGCACGAGACUCUCUUUCCAGCUUGUCUGCCCAGAUCUACGCGGCACUAGUACUAUUAAUGCUGGUCAGCCCAAGUUUGCCGUUAAGGAGCUGGGAAGCAUCGUCAUUGGCGAGGGCUAUCCCGGCGCGGAGAACCUAGAUGAUGCCGAUCCGGAUGUCAUGAAGGAUGACAGUGAGAAGGAUAAAACACUGGCCGACUGGAGAUUUGUGGUUGUCGCAACCACGGUCGCCAGAGUAGGGCGCCGAGCUGGAGAGAUAACAGAUUUCCGUCUGGUGAUUGGAGGAGAGGAGAGCAGUUACCGGAUGGGCCACCUGGGGGGUCACGAGGCAGAGGACGCUGGUAUUAGGUUGCAGGGAGGGCUUGCUUCAGAGGCAUAA